AUAAUCUAAAGCAAUCUGUAAAGACCUGACCUUAGUCCAUGCAGAUCAAUAGGCACGACGAAGAAGAGGAGAGCGGAUCAUUUCCACUGGAACUACAAACUCUUCCUCCUUUUUUUGACUUUUCCUACUCGCCCCCAUGCUUUGCACACUCUAACGCCAGGAGAGGAAGAAGAAAAAAAAAAAGUGGAUAUUCCUGCUUCUUCUCUCGCUUCGCUCGCCUCUUCUCGCUCUCCUGCCGCCCCGAAGCCGCCAUGCCGUUCUCGCAGCUGGGCUACCAGUAUAUCCGGCCCGUGUACCCUCCGGAGCGCCAGGGGAUGGCCGGCAACGCGCGGGCCGCCGCGGAGCUGAGUCCCUCGGGCGCGCUCUCCAACGUGCUGUCGUCCAUGUACGGAGCCCCGUUCGCCGCGCCCGCCCAGGGCUACGGAGCCUUCCUGCCCUACUCCAACGACAUUUCCAUUUUUAACCAGCUGGGUGCUCAGUACGAGCUGAAGGACGGUCCCGGGGUGCAGCACGCCGGCUUCGCGCACCACCACCCGGCGUUCUACCCGUACGGCCAGUACCAGUUCGGCGACCCCUCGCGGCCCAAGAACGCCACCCGGGAGAGCACCAGCACCCUGAAGGCCUGGCUCAGCGAGCACCGCAAGAACCCCUACCCCACCAAGGGCGAGAAGAUCAUGCUGGCCAUCAUCACCAAGAUGACCCUCACCCAGGUCUCCACCUGGUUCGCCAACGCCCGCCGGAGGCUGAAGAAGGAGAACAAGAUGACGUGGGCGCCGCGGAACCGCACCGACGAGGAGGGCAACGUCUACCCCAGCGACCACGAAGGCGAGGAGGAGGGCGACAAGCGGGAGGACGAGGAGGAGAUCGACCUGGAGAACAUCGACACGGAGAAUAUCGAGAGCGGCAAGGACGACAUGGACGACCUGCAUUCGGAACUCAAAUUGGACGCGAGGAGUGACUCGGAGGGUUCGGAGGGCUAUGAGGAUUUACCCGAGCAGAGGUUUCUUAAGGCGGUGCAGAGCAAGGAGCACCAUCAUCACCUCCUCCACCACCACCACCACCGCGGCUCCCCCUUGGAACUCAAAGCGGACAAACUCAACGCGGUGUCCGCCAGCUCACCGCCCUCGGAGAGCAACCAAGCCCCGGUGCAGAAACCCAAAAUCUGGUCCCUGGCGGAGACGGCCGCGGCCCCGGACAACCCUCGCAAGUCCCCGCAGAUGAGCGGCGGCAACCCCGCGGCCUCGGCGGCGGCUCUCGCGGCCCCGCACAGACUCUCGCUGUCGUCGUGUCCCGUGGGGAAGAUACAGACGUGGACGAGCCGGGCCUUCUCGGCGCACCACCUGGCCCUGCUCAACUCCAACCACCACUACCUGCAGGGACUCAGCCAGCAGGCGAGCGGCCUGGCCCUGUACGGAGGCGGCCGGACAGCAGAGGACAAGGCCGGUGCAGACUCGGCGGUCACAGAGAAACCAUACAGAGGCGCUGUCAUACUCCGAGUCAACAUAAAGAGGCGGGGGGCGUACAUGAGCUAGCAGGUGAUUGCCGCUUCCAUCUUUCUACA